UUGCUUGUCAGUAGGAACAUGAUUGGCUGAGUCAUGUAGGUAAUUAGCAGUGGGCAGCCCUAAUUGUGAUUGGCUUAGCAGUAUUAACACAAAGGUACAUGUAAGGCCACAAAAAUGGCUCUGUAGACGAUCAGUAAAUCCACGUGUGAUACUAUGACUUCCCAGUGCAGCAACGUCAUUGAGACAAGAAGCGAUGAGGGUCAACAGAAAAAAGCUGUGGCGAAGAGAGAUGGUGUGCUUGCUUUAGUCUUCUGUCGAAUUUCACAGUUUUGGCCAGUCCGUUUCGUGGUGCGAGGUUUUCAAACUUUAGGGUGGCUUUUUGGGUUUUCCUCUCCCAGAAAGACCCUUUCCUCUUCCCCUGAUGCGCGUCCGUGUCGUUCAGGCCGGAAACGCUUGAGAAGGGCCACUCGUCUGUUCCUUGCUAUCUUGCCUCGUCGCCUGCAAGGUGCUCUUGGGUACCCAGUGUGCACAAACAUUGGCUGCUCUGUUUCCCCAGAGGUGCGCUGCUCUCCAACUAAGCCGUGUGGAAAGGGCAGUAAGAGAAAACAAGAUGAUAUGGAUGAGGAUGAAGAGGUUGAGCAGCAAUCUUGGGUGGAGGCUCUUACCCAGGAACUGACUGAUGAGGACCAGUCUGCUGAUCCCGAUUAUGAACCCAGUGCGGUUGAGACUGAUAGCGAGGAGUACCGGACACACAAUGACACAGAAAGUGAUAAUGAAGUGGAAAAAGGAGUUGUAGUGAUUAAGGAUUUGGAGUCUGCACAGGGCACUACCCCUGAGGCGUAGUGAUUCCGGUAUGGCAUAUUGGGAGCGCUGUAUCUUGCCAGGAGCAUCCAAACAUGCCAGUUAUUAUUUUCUAUGUAAACAUAUUUGUCAAUUUCUUCCAAAAUAAAACUUGUCUGUUAUAUAAAUGUGUAUAACUUGA